AGCACAAAGUAAACAUACUUUGCAUGAGUGACGAGUAUUUGUAAAUAUUGCGGAUUUCGACAUUUCUGUUACGGUUUUGUUCGUCCUGUCGUUGUACUGUAAUGUCAGGCAGGGAUGGUUAGCCUUACCAGAAGUUUUAACACAUCGACUAGCGGAGGAAUAUUUUUCAAUGACAACUCAGUGUCAGAAGAUGACGCUCAGCUGCUGCAGCCAGCUGCCGGUUCUAAUAGGCGCGACAACUUCGCACCCCUAAACACAAUUCUGCUCUCUGCGUUUCAUCUGUCCGUUGCUGUGGGCGUGUUUUUGGUGUCAGUGGUGCUUAGUGCAGUCAAUGAUGCCAGCAAUCGACAGUGCUUGUCAUAUUUCAUUGUGCUAUAUUUGCAUGCACUGUUUUGGUGUAUAUCAUGGAUUUUGCAUCACUUACUUAAAAAGAAACACGAUAGCCUAAAGAUCUAUGGCUACCUUGAUUUUUAUAAGGAAACAGAAGAUCAAUUCAGACUUCCUCAUCAUGUGGUUUCUGCAUGGAGUGUGCUGCUGCUCGUCGUUGAUUCACUGCUUCAUCAACUGUAUCCAGACAUGGCAGCUCACUGUGAAUCAGGAGGACUUGUCCGACCCAUUGUAUACCUCGUUAUACUCUUAUCACUGGAGACCAUUGUACUGGUUAUCUGCAUUGGCAGUUACAUAAGAAAGGUGUACAACUUUAACAAGAAAUGUCCUCUACCUGAUGCGCAACGUGAUGAAUGGCUGUUACAAAGAGAAACAGAAGGACAACGUAGUGCUUCAGAAGUUGGUUACAGGAUACACAGUGAUCAUCUGCAAGAUCUUCUAGAACGCCAGGCAGAUGUAAUAACACAUCUUCGUGAGCACAAUGCUCGCUUAAGCCGCAAAGUGAUGGCUCUCUCGUCACGAGCAAAUACCAGUCAUGAUUAGUUACUCUCAUUUUUUCUCCUAUUUUUUAAAAUGUAAAAUAUUAGCCUACAAUUUUGUAUGACUAAAGUAUAUUUUAGUAGAGAAAUCUGUAUGACUGUUUACAUUGACUGACUUAAAUAUUUAUGUCUUAUGUGUUUGGUUUUAGAUUUUUGUAAAUACAAGAAAGAAAUUUAUUAUCAGAUAUUAACUUUGGGAAAUGAUGAUGUUCCUAUUUUAUAGUUAGACACUUUGAACACAUCAAAUGUGUAAAUAAUAAAGGACAGAAAUUUUGUAAUAAUAAAUAUUUUGUGGUAAGAAAUUUUGGAUAUGAAGAAUUUGCCUUCAUUGUUCCACUAGUGAAGAAAUUAUUGCAAGCUUGCAGCUGCAUGGCUGCUACAUUUUGUUAGGUUACAUGUCAACCAAGCAGCUUCUUUAUGUUUUCAUAUAUAUUUUAUUAACAUGUAAUAUAAUAGCAUUAAUAACCAGAAGAUAUUUAAGUAACAUAACAUUUAGUGUGUUCUACACACAUAUCAGAUCAAAACCCCAUCCGCUGGAAAAUAUGAAACUGAGAUUCUUACUGCUGAGCACUCUUUUCAAGAGACAAGUGGCUUGACAUAUUUAUGUCAGCAUUGCCCACAGAUUGAUUUAGUUACCUUCUAUAUUCAAAACAGCCCCCUAAUCUGUUGACAGCAAAACAUUUUGAAUAUUGCAUAAAACUUUUUGACUUUAAAACCCCACUGAACAUUUAUGUCAGAACAGUCAGUAGAUAGGUAAUUUUAUUUUCUUCUGUUCAGCCUGUUUGUGACUUAAGCAUUAUAGAGUAAUGGGCUAGUGCAUUUUAUAUGUUUUAACUGGAUUUAUGCAUGGAUACAAUUGUGUGUGUAAGUAAGACUUCAAUAUUUUGUCAUAUGGAAAGUUUUUGUGGCCAACAAAUGUGUCUUGGAAAGCAAGAAAUGGUUGUUACUAUUGCUUUCCAAACAUUGAAAACUAUCUUCAAAUUAACAGGUGACACAUGUUUAAAUGUAUGAUGGGAAUGUAGUUUGUUUUCUGUUUCAGCUUUAAUGUCUCUUCUUUUCUUUUAUUAUAGUCUACCUCCUCCAUUUCUGUGUUGCUUUUUACAAAUCUGAUAAUAAUGCCAUCAAUUUCUCACUAUCUUCUCUGCAUACAUAUUUUCUUCUUAUUAGUUCUUUCCAUCUACUGCUAGAUUGUCUCUUGUUCCAAAUUGAGUGAUUUCACUUUCUAAUGUUGCAAGCAGUCGAUACCUGGAGUAAUUUGUUAAAUUGAGCCCCUUUUAGAGUAAUAAUCAAAUCUCUUGCUCUCUUGUGAAGUCCACAGUCAAGUCUUGUUCAACAUUGUCAGUAACUGUAGUGGAAAAAAACAACUGUUUCCAGCAAGGUCUUCUUGAGCUCUGUUUCACUACAUCAUUCAUCUCAUUCAGCAAUCGUCCAAUAAGAGAUCAUCUUAAUUAAGUUACACCUAUUUUUUAUGUGAGUGUCUUAUGCUAUUGGUUAGGGAUGUUCAAGCAAGUUUGACUUGAUUGGAGUACUCACUUCAUACCUGUUUGCUAACACCUGACAGUGAAUGGAAAAAUAGUAACUACCAUGCAUUAUUUCUUCGCAAAAAUAAAGCAAUAUUCUUUGAUAUAAAUACAUUUUCAAAGAAAGAUAAUGAGCAUUUGUGAGAAAGGAAUUUCUUGCAUUCAUUUGGUUUUGGAUUACUUGCUGACUGGGAACCAGUGCUUUGUCUCAGAUCAACAGUUUUAUCACUACACUUGGAGUGCACAAUAUACAGUACCCUAUGAUAGUUUAAUUUAAAGGAUUAUUGGAAGGGCCAGAAUGAGAAGUAAAGGUAGACUAAAAAAGAAAGUGGCAAUCAGAUAAUUAAUACAAUAAAGGGUAGGAAAGAAAAGGUGCAAACAGAUAGUGUGGCUGGCCACUACUUACCUGGAAGAGGUGAAAUUCUAGUACUGCCAGUAGACUCAUUAGAAGUAAGUGGAAUUCUGCCUCUUGAAGGUAAGUACUGCCCAGCCAUAAUGUCUUCUCGUAAUUUCGUAGUUUUCUUGAGUUGAUAUCCAUUUUGAUAUACUGCAUAGAACAAAAGAAAAAGAAGAAAAUGCCUUAUUGAUCCCCCUUAGUGUGGAUUUUAAGUGACCUGUCCUCUUGUCUGAUCUUACAAAGUGAUUCCUCUUUUUCCCCUAAAAAAAAUAAUUUGUUGUUCUGGCAAUUAGGGGUGCUGUUAUGAGUUUUUAUUACUUGUGCUUUCUUGAGGUAAGUUCUGGCCAUCCUUUCUGUCUCUACAUGGUUUUAAGAAUACACUAUGAUCAUGAUUCAUCAUGCACAUUGUAGUGUUGAAAGAGGGAAUUGUGCUCCUGUGUUAAUAAUAAAGAAUGCAAGUUUAGCACUGGAGCAACAACAAUCACCACUAAUGUAGGCUUCCAUGGCUGUAGACCAUUAUUAUGUUUGUUUUUUGUGUCCAGUAUCACAUUUUAUAAAGUAACUGUCACAAAACACAAAAUGAAUAAAAUUAACACUUCAGCAAGCCUCUUUAAGAUUAUAGCUGAAACCUUUAGAUAAAGUAGUUUUAAUUUAGUGACUGUUAUUUUACAAAAUAAUGCUCCUCUGCACCACUAUAUUUGUGUUAAUAGUCACAACAUUUUAGUUCCUUGUCCGCUGCUCAUCAUUUCAUCUAUUGUGAACUGUACCCUGUUCAUAUAUAACUUUUUUACUUCACAGACCAGGUUCUUUAUAACAAAGGACAUGCAUACAGUGACUGACAGACACACUCUAGAAGUAGUAGUAGUCUUCAGUGCUCAGUGCCACACACUUUUGCCAUAUUCAGUAUUUCCUCUAUUAUAUUCAUAGUAAUUACACCUAUAUGUGUGAUGAUCAUAGUAAAUAUUAUAACAUACAUAGUGAACAAAUCCAGUUUCCUACCCCAUCCUUGUCCAGUUCAAGCUUAUUUGCUGUCUGUAACAACUGUGUCAUAAAUCUUGUCUCAUUCACUGUUCAGUCUCUUUGGGUGCUUCAGAUCUCCUUGAGCAAUUAAACAUAUACUCUGCAUUUUUCUUAAAAGUAAGCUUGAUUGCUUUUGAGCUUAGCAAUUGGGUUGGUGCUUCAUAUUGUUGUGAAUGUGAAUGUAAAGAUUUGUCUGUAUGUUGCUCAUAAACUCAGAACCAAAUGGCUCAUUAAGGAGUCUAGGUAUGAUCAUAUCUAAAAUUGUCCCUUCUUGAGAUUAUUGUGAUUUUCUGUGGGUGCUAUCUGAAGCCAUAUUAAUGCCAUCCAGUAUCUUGUAAAAUUAAUUUCUUCCAUUUAAUGUACCUGUAUUGCAGAGCAUAUUGGAAGUCGUGUACCUUUGGGCUACUUUGUUUUAAAAACAAUAUUAUUUCCAAGAUGGACAGAUUUGUAAACAAAAACUUACUGCCAAAGAUCAUGUUGGUGCAAAAAACAAAUGCCUUAAUCUUACUUAGCACACCAUUACAACUGUUUCAAUCUAUUAAAAACUUUCUUCAUGACUUUUGUAGUUCCCUAAAACUAUGCAUAAGCAAAUGAUUUUUGUGCGUUAGGUACUUAUCAUAGAAAUCAUUAUGCACUAUUAAUUGUUGGAAGUUUAUAUAUUUGAUGUGUUAGAGAUAUGGAAUUAUCAUGAUGUUGAUGAUAAUAGGAACACACAAUUUUGUUAAUUAAUCUUUGUCAUUUUUUGCUGUCAUUUUUGCAAUAGACAGAAGCUUCAAUGAAAAGUAAUAUUUCUUCAUUGGAUAUUCUUGUCAGUGCCAUUACAUCUUCUCAGCAUUCUAUUUUCUGGAUCACAUCCUCCCUAUGAGGGGUUUAAUGAGUGUAAUUUGACCCAAGAAAAAGCCUGUUUCUGCCUUUUGUUGGCCACUGAAUUAUAAUAUUUUUUUCUGCCUCUGAUCUUUGUAUGAUAUUUGACUGUGUAACUGAACAUCAUUUUGACCUACUUUAGCCUCCAUUUUAAAGAACCUGAUACUUUGAAGUAAAUUCAGAAUUAUACCAUUUUCCUAAUAGUGAGUAGGCACAAUGUAAUCAGCUGGGACAAAGUAGGAGUCCAGAUGCAUUUCAGUGUGUGUAUGUAUGUAUGUUCUGUUAGCUCUGAAAAGGAUUUAUCAUGAAGCUUAGCAACAUAAUCAGUUUUCCUUAUGUGCCUGUUGACAUCUCAACACCUCAAGUAUAUGGUGUUUAACCCAUUCCAUUAUUCAUAUUCCACCAAGUACAUGGUGAUGUGCUAUGAAACUGGAAGAUGUGUUUCCCAGCUGGUUAUCCAUUUAUACUUCAAAGAAAGUAUAUGUCACAUGUAAACCAGUUAAAUACUGCUGUCAUAACUGGUGAUCAUAAAUUGAUUAAAUUGUCUCAGAUUCUGGGCAUAUGAAAUCUUUUAACAAUUAUCUCGUAACAGAUUUCUAGAAAUGAUGUGCGGAAUUGACAGUUGUUGAAAUCUUGUGAGUAAUGGAGCUUAAAAUCAUACUAUGUUACUGGUAUAUUAGAUAUGUUAAUUAUGGUGUUGUCUGCUAACUGAAGUGUGGUAGCAAUGUAAAAGCAGUCAGUGUCAUUUGAUUUCUGUUUAUUCAGCUACUUCCAUCAGUUAUCUUGCUCUAGUCUGUUUGUGAAACAAUCUUACUGGCAUAAUUAAUUCACAUUUGUUUAAUUCAUGUAUGCAGCCCUAUAACUCAAGAAGUUUACAUAAAAAUUGCAUGCUAUUAAACUUAAAUGUUCUCAUUAUUUUUUAAUUUUAUUUAAUUCUCCAUAAUAAUCUUUGUGUAAUGUCUGUUGUAACCUGUUAUAUUUACAUCAGAGUUUCAUAGGACAACAAUUAUUUUCAUUUUACAGUGUGAUGCCAUUUCUUGUUUAGUUCUGGGGAUGUGACUUUUUUGUGAUGUGCUUGUCUUUUGUAACCACUCAUUUUUAAAGGACCAAAUACAAAAGAGAAGUAAUUUUUUUUACAAAAUUUGUGUUUGGCUAGGCAUACACACAUUAUACAACUUCCUCAAAAACUAAAAUUGUGUAGAUAGUUUUAAAAAAUUCAAUUGUAAACUGAUAAAAUAAAAUAAAAUAAGUACCGUAAUCAUCAUUUGUUUAUCUGAGCUUGUCUCUCUAUUAUUGUACUUUUUUGUUUAAAUGUGGUCUUACAAAGAAGGACAUCUAUCAUUAUAAAAAAAUUCUGUUUGUUGAUUGCUUUCAUAAAUGUAAUAUCAAAGAGUUAUUUACUCACAAGACAAUUUGCAAAAUUACUACUAUUACCAAUGUGUGCUUUUAAACAUUAAAGUUUAAGUGAACUUUCACAGCCUUUGAUAAGCUGAUAAAGUUGAAAAUUUAUAAAAGUUAUGCAUCCAAAAAAUUUAACAUGUGGAAAAAUUCCAACAAAUUUAACAUGUGGAAAAAUGUAAACUGUUAAAACCCGUUAACUCAUAAGAACAGUGUUUCUCAGCUGCAACCUUGUGUAACACUAAUAAUUUUCUUUGUAUGUUGUAGGAAUUUUGUUCUUAACUUUAUUCCUCUUGGUAUAUCUAUAAACAUUAAAACUUCUAUUUCUAUGUUUAUAUGAGACUCAAAUUUUGAUAUGUAUGUUUUCUCUUGUAUUUCUGAUAACCCAACAUAAUUUCCAUUUUUUGUUUUUUGUAUUGUUAAGGAAACUGUCUGGUUAACAUCGAGCAUCAGUUUGCAUUCAUUAUUUUGUUUAUUAUUGUGUAGCUCUUUCUACCUGUAAGGUUUGGCACUGGAAUCUCAGUUUUCUUAUAGGUGUAUUUUUCUAUGGCUCUUUGCAAAAUGCAAAUAUUUUUAAUUUUUGUAAAUGGAAUUUGUAUAUUAAAUGCUACCUAAUCAUG